AUGGCAAGGCGCAAUCACAUGGAUGAUCCGGUUGCAAUUCGUCUUGUCGUUUGGAAGAAAAAGGAUGAGGAAGAAGAUGCCAUCGAUCGAUCUAGGUUGUUAGCCAUGAAUAGUAAUCCAGCUACGCCGAUGAACGCAAAUGCUCCGUCGUCAAGCUCCGGUGGCGCUGGAUCCCCCGAUUCAACUGCUCCAAGGAGAAAUUCGAAACGACCUAAAUAUUCUAGGUUUACACAACAGGAGCUUCCGGCAUGUAAGCCAAUUCUGACUCCAAAAUGGGUGAUUUCAGCUUUCAUGCUUGUAACCAUUGUCUUCAUACCAAUAGGACUUGCUUCCCUCUUUGCUUCUCGUGAUGUAGUUGAAAUCAUUGACCGAUACGAUAAUGCCUGCGUACAAGGGUCAAAAAGUCAAAAGGUGGAAUAUAUACAAUCCAAUGCAAGUAAGACCUGCACAAGAACCUUGACAGUCACAAAGCGUAUGAAGCAGCCUAUAUACGUGUACUACCAACUGGACAAUUACUACCAGAAUCAUCGGAGGUAUGUGAAGAGCCGAAGUGAUCAGCAAUUAAGAAACCGUGGUGAUGAAAAUGACACAAGUUCAUGUAAGCCUGAACAUAAUGCAAAUGGGAUGCCAAUUGUGCCAUGUGGACUUGUAGCAUGGAGUUUAUUCAAUGACACCUAUGCAUUCUCCACCAGAAACAACCAAUCAUUACCCGUAAACAAGAGACAUAUUUCAUGGAAAAGUGACAGAGAGGACAAAUUUGGCAGUGAUGUUUUCCCAAAAAACUUCCAAAAUGGAAGUCUUAUUGGUGGUGCACAUCUCAACGAGUCCAUACCAUUAAGUGAGCAGGAAGACCUUAUUGUGUGGAUGAGAACUGCAGCUCUCCCAACUUUUAGAAAAUUGUAUGGAAAAAUAGAAGUGGAUAUUGAAGCAGGAGAAACUAUAACUGUUGUAUUAGAGAACAACUACAACACUUAUAGCUUUAGUGGCAAGAAGAAACUUGUGCUUUCAACCACAAGUUGGCUUGGAGGAAAGAAUAACUUUAUUGGCAUCGCGUAUCUUGCUGUUGGUGGAUUGUGCUUCAUACUAGCUACAACUUUCACUCUCAUAUAUUUAGUUAAACCAAGGCAUCUUGGAGAUCCGAAUUAUUUGUCAUGGAACAGAAACCCAGGUGGUCAUUGA